AUGCUGAAGAUGAUUCGAACAACAGCUGCUUCUUAUUCUCAUUGCACCAGCACCACAAGAGGUAUGCCAUUUCUUCACUCUAGUCCUUCUGUUCUCUUCGUUGUCAACAACUACUUGGCUUUCUUUCAUUCUCGAUCCUCAAACCCAACCAAAUCCGGAGAAACCCAUCUAGGACUCAAUGUUGAGGAUGCCUUGAAGGUGUUCGAUGAAAUGCUUCACUCGCGUCCCCUGCCUUCUUCUGUUAUCCCUUUCAAUCAAAUCUUGACUCAACUUUCCAAACUCAAACAUUACUCAACGGUCAUCACUUUGAAUAGGCAAAUGCUUCUCUGUCGAAUUGUUCCUGAUGACUACACUCUUAACAUUAUCAUCAACUGCUAUUGCCGUCUGAAUCGUAUGGGCUUUGGCUUAUCUGUCUUGGGUCAAUUCUUCAAAUUGGGUCUUCAACCAGACGCCUUCACCUUCAAUACUCUAAUCAACGGCUUUGUUCUCCACAAUCAAGUGCCUGAGGCUGCACGAAUUUUCACCAAAAUGAUGGAGGCAGGUCGUUGUAAGCCGAAUGUGGUUACUUUCUCCACACUAAUAAAGGGCUUUUGCAAGAUCGGAAACAACACUGCGGCUGUUCAAUUACUUGGGAAGAUGGAAGAAGGAGGAUGCGAGCCUAACAUAGUUUCCUAUAACACCAUCAUUGACUGCCUUUGCAAGGAUAGACAAAUUGAUGAAGCAUUGAACCUCUUCUCAGAAAUGAUUAGUAGAGGUAUUGCUCCAACCGUUGUUACUUACACCUCUUUGAUUCAAGGAGUUUGCAAUAUACGCCAGUGGAAACAAGCUACAAGGUUGUUGAAUGAAAUGGUGAGUCAAGGUAUCUUUCCCAAUGCCGUCACCUUCAAUGUCUUGGUUGAUACAUUCUGUAAGGAAGGGAUGGUUGUGGAAGCCGAAAUUGUGGUUGACAUGAUGAUUCAAAGACAUAUUGAGCCUGAUAUCAUUACUUACAACUCACUUAUGGACGGUUACUGUUUGCGAGGAGAAAUGGACGAGGCGAAACAAGUUUUUGAUCUUAUGCUUAGCAAGGGCUCCUUGGUUGAUGUUCAGAGUUGUAACAUAUUGAUUAACGGAUAUUGCAAGGGUAAAAUGAUCGAUGAGGCCAAUAAGGUUUUUCAGGAAAUGACUGGUUGGGAGCUUGUUCCUGAUACCAUUACUUAUAACACUCGUAUUGAUGGUUUUUACAAAGCAGGGAGAAUACAAGAGGCGGAAAAGUUGUUCUCUGAUAUGCAAGGUUGUGGUCAACUUCCAAAUGUUCAAACUUAUAAUAUUUUAGUUGAUGGCCGGUGUAAUAACCAACAACUUUCUACAGCACUAGAAUUGCUUAGAGAGAUAGAAGGCAACAAGUUGGAACUAGAUAUUGUAGUUUACAAUACUAUCAUUGAAGGUUUCUGCAAAGCAGGGGAAAUGGAUUCUGCAAUAGAUGUCUUCUCUGGUUUGUCAUCAAAGCAUCUUCAACCUGAUGUGUGGACGUAUAAUAUAAUGAUUCUUGGAUUUUGUAAAGGAGGCCUAUUAAGUGAAGCUGAAAAAUUGUUUACAGAAAUGAAGGAGAAAGGCUGUUCUCCAGAUGGCUGUACCUAUAACACAAUUAUCCAAGCUUUUAUGAAUAACAGUGAGACAUCAAGGGCUAUGGAACUUAUUCAUGAAAUGCGUGAGAGGGGUUUCUCAGCAAAUGCAUCAACUGUGGACUUGAUUGUGGAUUUAUUGUCCAGGGAUACAGUAGAUCCUGUAUUAUUAGCAUGGCUUAAAGAUUCAGUCUGA